AAUAAAGUCGCCACCCUCUCAGCUGCUAGGCUAUACUUUUUAACUCCUUGGAGAAGCUAAGGUUGAAGGGCUUCCGGCCGGAGACCAUUAUAUGGCACACCCGGAAGGCGGAAGUUCUGGGGGCGGAAGUGGCGGAGAGCAGAGGAGAAUGGCGGCAGAAGGCUGGUUUCGGCUCUGGGGCUGGGGCCGGCGGUGCCCGGGAAGUCCUAGGCUUACCGGCCCCGGCCCUGGCCCCACUACACCUCUAAUUCUUCUUCUGUUUCUGGGUUCUGUGGCUGCGGACAUAACUGAUGGCAACAGUGAACAUCUCAAGCGGGAGCAUUCGCUCAUCAAGCCCUACCAAGGGGUCGGUUCCAGUUCCAUGCCUCUCUGGGACUUCCAAGGCAGCACUAUGCUCACGAGCCAGUAUGUACGUCUGACCCCUGACGAGCGCAGCAAAGAAGGCUCUAUCUGGAACCACCAGCCUUGCUUUCUCAAGGACUGGGAGAUGCAUGUCCACUUCAAAGUCCAUGGCACAGGGAAGAAGAACCUCCAUGGAGACGGCAUUGCCUUGUGGUAUACUCGGGACCGCCUUGUGCCAGGGCCUGUGUUUGGAAGCAAAGACAACUUCCAUGGCUUAGCCAUCUUCCUGGACACGUAUCCCAAUGAUGAGACCACUGAGCGCGUGUUCCCGUAUAUCUCGGUGAUGGUGAACAAUGGCUCCCUGUCCUACGACCAUAGCAAGGAUGGGCGCUGGACUGAGCUGGCCGGCUGCACAGCUGACUUCCGUAACCGGGAUCAUGACACCUUCCUGGCUGUGCGCUACUCCCGAGGCCGCCUGACGGUGAUGACUGACCUGGAGGACAAGAACGAAUGGAAGAACUGUAUUGAUAUCACAGGAGUGCGGCUGCCCACCGGCUACUACUUUGGAGCUUCAGCCGGUACCGGAGACUUGUCUGACAACCACGACAUCAUCUCCAUGAAGCUGUUUCAGCUGAUGGUUGAGCAUACACCCGAUGAAGACACCAUCGACUGGACCAAGAUUGAGCCCAGUGUCAACUUCCUCAAGUCUCCCAAAGACAACGUGGAUGACCCCACGGGGAACUUCCGAAGCGGGCCCCUGACGGGGUGGCGGGUGUUUCUGCUGCUGCUGUGCGCGCUCCUUGGCAUCAUUGUUUGCGCGGUGGUGGGGGCCGUGGUGUUCCAGAAGCGGCAGGAGCGGAACAAGCGCUUCUACUGAAUGGACAUGCCUGGCCAGGAAGCACUUGACCUACGGCCCAGGAACUAAUGUGAACUUUUUUUACUGGGAUUGUAAAAGAACAACAAUAUGACCUUAUUUCUUAACUGUUUCAAAGAAAUGAUUAAAGUAUUUUCGUACAUUUUGCUUCUUGCCCAGCAGGGACAGAUGGGCAACAGGGCCAGGGCUGUGGGUCUGGUGUCCCCACAGCUGGAGUAGAGGCUGUCCUGGGGCCAGCAUUUCAGGAUGGGGGGCCUGUGCCUGGAUCUGGGCUGAGGCCCCCCACAGAGAGCUCUUGAGCACUGAAGGGACCCUGGACCACGUUGGGAUGGGCUCCUGAGGACAUGGAGUGGUGAUUUGUUCUGUGGUGUAGGAUGUGUGUGGCAGUGGAUGGGGCCUGAGCUGGGGGACCUGGGCUUCCUACUCAGCCUGAGCUGCUUCCCAAGGCAAACACUCAAGUCAGGCUGGAGGAACAGUUUGGUGGGGCCCAGAAUGUGACCAUUUGCUAAAUAAAGUGACAUAACCGAUUGUA